AAAGUUAAACCCUUCUCUCCCUCUAUUUUUGUUUCCCUUCGUUUCAGGUCGGUGACAAAACCUGAAAAACCCCUUUUAACGUUCAAAUAUAAAUUGCUGCAAAACCCUAGAAUUCAAAUCCAAGGGACUCUCAAGUCCAUGUUUUACUUAGACAAACCGCGUUUUAGGAUCUGAAAAAUCACCAGAAUGGGUCGGCCGGAGCCCUGCGUCUUGUUCGCCCACACCUUCGACCACCCCCAUCUCGAUGAAUACGUCGACGAGGUAUUGUUUGCUGAGCCGAUUGUGAUCACUGCUUGCGAGUUUCUUGAACACAACACCUCGUCGGCUUCACAAGCAGUGCCACUUCUGGGGGCUACUUUACCUCCUUCAUUUGCUUUGGAGGUAUUUGUACAAUGUGAGGGAGAGACAAGGUUCAGGCGCCUCUGUCAGCCUUUCCUGUAUUCUCCUUCAUCAUCAAAUGUGCUCGAAGUAGAGGCUGUUGUAACUAAUCAUCUGGUUGUAAGGGGGAGCUACCGUAGUCUGAGUUUGGUUAUAUACGGAAACACGGCAGAAGAUCUGGGACAAUUCAACAUUGAAUUUGAUGAUAGCUCCAUAACUAAUCUUGUUAGCUCUGCUGAGGGGAAGCUUGAAGACCUCCCUCUGGCUUUACAUUCAACUAAUCUGACAAUUGAGGACUCACUAUCAGCUCUGAAUACUUUAUCUUUACCUGUUACAGCAUCAGAUUUAUCUAUUGAAGUUAAGCAAUUAUUACAGUUAAUGUUGAAGGUUUGUAAGUUACCCAAUCUAGGGGAUGCAUUGCAUAAAAUAGUUAGCACUGUAGUGUCAGCUGCCACUUGUUAUGUGACUUGCUCCUGGGGCAGAUCUAGUGACUCUGAAGAGCCACACAAUGUUCUUAGUGAGGCCAGAACAGAGCUUAUUCAACUCUAUAAAUCCUUUAAAGAGGAAUCAGGGAAUGCAUCAGAUGAAUCAUUGGAAGACUGCAAUUUUUUUGACUCUAAGGCUGAUUUAGUAACUUCCAAACAGUUGGUGGAUUGGUUAAGUCAGUACUUUUGCUUUAAUAGGGACUUUUCAAGUGUUGGACAUCACCAACUUCCACAGGAUACAAAUGUCAUGCUGGGAUUGAGUGUGGCUCUUCUUUUGUGCUCUGGAAGAGUGAGCUGCUUUCACUUUGUAAGUGGUGGGGGAAUGGAGCAGCUUGUACAUGUCUUCAGUCGUGAUAAGCAGAAUACUACCGCAACAACAUUACUUCUACUUGGAGUUGUUGAGAAGGCUACUCAGCAUUCUUUUGGAUGUGAAGGAUUUUUAGGUUGGUGGCCUCGUGAAGAUGAAAAUAUUCCAUCUGGUGUCAGUGAUGGUUACAGUAGAUUGUUGAAUUUGUUGUUGCAAAAACAGCGUCAUGACGUUGCUUCAUGUGCAACUUAUGUCCUUCAUCGCUUAAGAUUUUAUGAGGUUACUUCAAGAUUUGAGUGUGCAGCUUUGUCUGUAUUGGGAGGUCUCUCUACUGUUGGUAGGGUCACAAGUGAUACUUUGGACAUGCUUAUCUGUGCAAAAUCGCAACUUAAAAAGCUCUUGAAAUUGAUAACUUCACGUGGUCCAAUUGAAGAUCCUUCCCCUGUUGCUCGUGCAACCAGAAAAUUGAUUCUUGGUCAAACUGAAGGUUUGUUGUCAUAUAAAGCAUCCAGUAACUUGAUGGCUUCAUCAAAUUGUUGUUUCUCAAAUCGGGAUAUCGACUUGCAUUUGUUGGAUCUUCUCAAGGAGCGGGGAUUUCUUCCUCUAGCAGUUGCACUAUUGUCGUCAUCCAUAUUACGUUCAGAAGUAGGACGUGCUAUGGACUUAUUUGUGGAAAUUACAUCAUCUAUUGAGGCCAUUAUUCUUUCCCUUCUGUUUUGUCGCUCAGGCCUAAUUUUCCUGCUACAGCACCCUGAACUUUCCGCAACUAUAAUACAUGCCCUAAGGGGUGGUGAUAAUGUGAACAAGGAUGUGUGUCUUCCUCUUCGAUAUGCAUCUGUUUCCAUAUCCAAAGGAUUCUUUUCCAUUCCACAGGAGGUUGGAAUGAUUGUUGGGAUGCAUUUGAGGGUGGUUAACGCCAUAGAUCGUUUGCUUACUGCGGCUCCAAACACUGAAGAAUUUUUAUGGGUGUUGUGGGAACUAUGUGCUCUUGCAAGGUCUGACUGUGGACGCCAGGCACUGUUGGCUUUGGGAUAUUUUCCAGAGGCUGUUAAAAUUUUGAUUGAAGCAUUACAUUCUGCCAAGGAACCGGAGCCGCUUACUAAAAAUAGUGGAGCCUCACCGUUAAAUCUUGCGAUAUUUCACUCAGCUGCUGAGAUCUUUGAAGUUAUUGUUUCUGAUUCAACUGCAUCUUCUCUUGGAUCCUGGAUUGGACAUGUUACGGAGCUCCAUAGGGCUUUACAUUCCUCUUCUCCAGGGUCAAAUAGGAAAGAUGCCCCCACACGGAUGUUGGAAUGGAUAGAUGCUGGAGUAGUAUAUCAUAAAAAUGGAGUUACAGGUCUUAUACGAUAUGCUGCUGUGAUAGCUUCUGGAGGAGAUGCCCACUUGACUUCAACCACCCCUCUAGUGUCAGAUCUAACAGAUGCAGAAAAUGUUAUUGGAGAUCCUUGUGGUGGUUCAGAUGUUAAUGUUAUGGAGAAUCUUGGAAAAUUCAUCUCUGACAAGACUUUUGAUGGUGUGACUCUUCGUGACUCUUCUGUAGCACAGUUGACAACAGCAUUUCGCAUUUUGGCUUUCAUUUCAGAGAAUUCGACUGUUGCUGCUACUCUAUAUGAUGAGGGAGCAAUAGCUAUAAUCUAUGCAGUUUUGGUCAACUGUAGGUUUAUGCUUGAGAGGUCCUCGAACAGUUAUGAUUACCUUGUUGAUGAGGGCACAGAAUGCAACUCUACAUCAGAUUUACUGCUGGAACGUAAUCGUGAGCAGAGUUUAGUUGAUCUUAUGGUUCCAACUCUUGUGUUGUUGAUCAAUUUAUUGCAGAAAUUGAAGGAGGUACAAGAGCAGCACAGGAAUACCAAAUUGUUGAAUGCGCUUCUACGAUUGCACCGAGAAGUAAGUCCAAAACUAGCCGCAUGUGCUGCAGACUUAUCUUCUCCUUAUCCUGAUUCUGCCCUUGGGUUUGGAGCUAUCUGCCAUCUUCUUGUUUCAGCACUUGCUUGUUGGCCAGUCUAUGGCUGGACUCCUGGGCUUUUCCACUCUCUCCUUGCUAGUGUUCAAGUUACUUCCUUGCUGGCCUUGGGUCCAAAGGAAACAUGCAGUUUGCUAUGCCUUCUGAAUGAUUUAUUUCCAGAAGAAGGGGUCUGGCUUUGGAAAGAUGGGAUGCCCUUGCUGAGUGCCCUAAGAAAAUUGUCUGUUGGGACACUUUUGGGUCCUGAGAAGGAGAGACAGGUCAACUGGUAUCUGAAUCCUGCACAUCUUGAGAAGUUGCUUAGCCAAUUGACACAGCAUCUGGACAAAAUAGCGCAGAUUAUCCAACAUUAUGCUAUAUCUGAACUGGUUGUCAUUCAAGACAUGCUUCGAGUUUUUAUUAUUCGCGUUGCUUGCCAAAAAAGUGAAAGUUGUUCUGUACUUCUACGGCCCAUAUUCUCAUGGAUUCGUGAUCAUGCUUAUGAGUUGUCUUCUCCAUCAGAUAUGGAUGCUUAUAAGGUUUAUAGAUAUCUUGAUUUCCUUGCCAGCUUAUUGGAGCAUCCUCGUGCCAAGGCACUAUUGUUGAAGGAGGGUGCCAUUCGAAUGCUAACUAGAGUGCUCGAUAGUUGUUUAGGUGCCACUGAUACAGAUGAAAUACAGAUCCUAGCUGGUAGAAGUUCAGCUAAAUCUGGAUUUUCUUUGCUUAGUUGGUGCCUCCCUGUAUUCAAGUCCUUCUCACUGAUGUUUAUUUCUCAACCAAGUCUAUGCAAUGAUUUGCACAAGUUCGCAAAUGUGGGUACUGAAGAAUCUAUCAUGAUUUUAAAAUAUCUCCUCAGGUUUUGUCAGGUUCUUUCAGCCGGAAAGGAAUUACUUGCAUGCCUUACUGCUUUCAAAGAACUAGGUUCUUGUAAUGAGGGUCAAAGUGCUUUAGCGGCUGCUUUUUAUGGUCCUCACUAUAUUGUUGAGGAUCAUGAAGCAUAUAAAGGACAUGAAAAGGAUGGAAAUUGCAAUAGUGGUCUUCCUAAUGAAUCUGAAUGGAGAAAGUGCCCUCCCUUGUUAUGUUGCUGUAAAAACUUGUUAAGAUCAGCUGAUUCUAACAAUGGUUUAUCAAGUUAUGCAAUUGAUGCUGUCAAUGCACUGUGCAUGGGAUCUUUUUGGUUCUGCCUUGACGGGGAAAGAUUGAAUCCAGACAGGGUCAUUGCAGUGAAAUUCCUUUUUGGCCUUCCUGAUGAUAUAACCUCAACAAAUGGUGUUGCAGAAGAAAACUUGAACUACAUUCAUGAACUAAUCUGUGUGUUGAAGACAAUAGCUGAUGACCAUAUUGCCGAUUCUGAUAUUCAGAUCCCCUUGUAUCAGGUUUUAGAAUCCGCAAAGUCAUUAAUGCUGUUGUUGCAGAAGCCGAGUUCUUUGUUGAAGAUGGAUGAUAUCUUUUCUAAUGAUAGUGUUCCUGUACUACCAAAUGUUUUAGUAUCUUCAAAGAUCCAUCUAAUCUCAGAUGGUGGUGCUGAAAUGACUGGUGAUUAUCUUUAUCAAGGAGCACUUGGAGAUCAGUUUCAGUGGGAGUGUCCUGAAACAUUGCCAGAUAGAUUGUCACAAUCAAAUCUCUCUGGUAAGAGGAAAAUGUCGUCACUUGAUGGCCCAAAUAGGCGUGCCAGGGGAGAAAAUUCUGUGGCUGAGAUUACAACUCAAAAUGCAUUUGUGCGAGGUUUGGGCUCUACUACUGCCUCCUCUGGUCCUACUCGCAGGGAUACCUUUCGGCAGCGGAAACCAAAUACUAGUAGGCCUCCUUCCAUGCAUGUUGACGACUAUGUUGCAAGAGAAAGAAAUGAUGGUGUUUCUAAUUCCAAUGUAAUAGCAGUCCAGCGAGUUGGAUCGUCUGGUGGGAGACCUCCUUCAAUUCACGUGGAUGAAUUUAUGGCCAGGCAAAGGGAACGCCAGAAUCCAUUGUCAACGGUAGUUGGGGACGCAACGAUACAGGUGAAGAGUGCAACACCUGUAAAUGACUCAGCUAUGGAGAAGUUCAACAAACCUAAACAAUUGAAAGCAGAUCCCGAUGAUGAUCUUCAGGGAAUUGACAUAGUAUUUGAUGGUGAGGAGUCUGAACCUGAUGACAAAUUGCCCUUUCCUCAGCCAGAUGAUAAUCUGCAGCAGCCUGCUCCUGUGGUUGUUGAGCAAAGCUCUCCACACUCGAUUGUUGAAGAGACGGAGAGUGAUAUUCAUUCGACACCAUUAACAUCUAAUAUGGAUGAGAACACACAAAGUGAAUUUUCUUCCAGGAUGUCAGGUUCACGUCCUGAAAUGCCUUUGACUCGAGAACCUAGUGUUUCUUCGGACAAGAAGUAUUUUGAGCAUUCUGAUGAGUCGAAAAAUCCUACACUAGUUAAGGCUUCUAGUGGGUUUGAAUCUGCAGCAGCAGCAAAUAGUCCUAGAUUCACUGUGUUUGGCUAUAACAAUUCAUCGGGAUCAUCUGCACAGUUGCCAGUUGAUUCAAGAAUGAAUCCACAGAAUUUCUUUCCAAAGAACAGUUCACAACAUGUUGGUAAUGUGCCUAUAGCUACAGGUUCUCCAGGAUUUUAUGACCCGAGGUUUCUUCCAAAUCAACCUCCUUUACCUCCAAUGCCGCCUCCCUCAACAGUGGCAGCUUUGAUAACUCAGACUUCUGAUUCAGUUCCAAGUCAAUCAUCUCCAUUUGUGAACUCUAUGAAUGAGGGACAGCAGCCCUCCACAGCGUACCAGAUUCGUUCAGAUUAUCCUUCUGCAUUCAAUAAUGGUUCUACAUCCAGAAGUUCCAUCUCUUCUCCUAGUGGGGGUGCCAGGCCCCCUCCACCGCUCCCUCCUACACCACCUCCUUUUUCAUCUAGUCCAUAUAAUAUGACACCCAACAGAACUUCUAUUGCCCAGUCUACAGUAUAUAACCAGACAAGUGUUGGAACAACUGAACUUCCUCAGGGCUCUACUGCACCUUCUGGGGCGAGAGUAAAUGCCUAUUCACCACCUGCCCUAGUGCCUCAUAUGGUUUUCAGUAGGCCAGGUUCUAAUUCUAUGACUAUCUAUGGACACGUCCCAACUCAGCUGCAAGGUGACAACCCUAAUAUGGUGCAGAAUCUCUCUGCCCCCCAGUCUUCGAUGCAGUCUAUUCAUACUGGUGGUCAAUUGCAGCCACUGCAGCCCCCACAGCUUCCGCGUCCUCCACAACCACCCCAACAUCUUAGGCCACCUAUACAAGCUUCACAACAUUUGGAACAGGGCUCCUUGCAGAGCCCAGUUCCAAUGCAUUCACUGCAAAUGCUGCAACAGCCAAUGGUUUCACCUAUGCAGGCCUAUUAUCAAUCCCAGCAACAAGAGUUUGCUCAUAUACAGCAGCAAGUUGACCAUUCUCAACCACAAGUUUUGCCUCAAUUAGGGGAUGCUACAUCCCAACAGCAACAAGAUCCAGGAAUGUCAUUACAGGAAUAUUUCAAGUCCCCAGAAGCUAUUCAGUCUCUAUUGGGUGACCGAGAAAAACUUUGUCAAGUUUUGGAGCAGCAUCCAAAGUUAAUGCAGAUGCUUCAGGAGAAGUUGGGCGCUCAGCUAUAGCAGAAUGGCAUGGAACCAAUGGACUCAAUUUUCCCGAUGCCUACGUUUGCAGGAGUUCGUUUGAUCAAUCAUUAGAAUUUUAGUCUCUUGAAAUUUUGUUCAUCAUGUACUGUAAAUGUGUAAUGUACUGUAAAUGUGUUUUGUGUACAUUAUAUUAUAUUUUUCCAUCUACCAUUUUGUAGCCUUGUAAUAUAAUUUCUGGCUUGCUCCAGCUUAUUAGCUGCAAAUGUCUGAUCUUUAGGGCGUUGGUGUAUGUAUGCUAAGAUAAUAUGGCCUUCACUCAAAGCUAGAAGGUGAAAAAUUGUAUAAUUGUAGAUUAAUAUGUAUCUGCAUGUGAAUGAGUGAUUGCUGUAAUA